UAAUGAAGAAAUAUGUUUUGCAAUCCUGUUGAAGAGAGAAUAAGCAAAAGUGACCAAGAGAAACAGACUCACUGAGUCUGUUGAUUGAUUUAAAGUAGAUUUAUGUUUAAGUAGAAAACCACUCCAAAUGCAUACUUUAGGAAAGAUGUCAGCUUUAAGAUUACUGAUCUCCAUCAUUAUCAUGGUGUCUGGUAACAUUUCACAGCCUGUACUGAUGGAUACAAAUGCUGUGCUUCGUUGUCCUCCUAUUGCGUUCAGAAAUUUGAUCGUAAUAGCAUGGGAAAUAAUCAUAAGAGGCCAGCCUUCCUGCACAAAAGCCUACAGGAAAGAAACAAAUGAGACCAAGGAAGCCAACUGUACUGAUGAGAGAAUAACCUGGGUCUCCACACCUGAUCAGAAUUCGGACCUUCAGAUUCACCCAGUGGCCAUCACUCAUGACGGGUAUUACAGAUGCAUAAUGGUAACUCCUGAUGGGAAUUUCCAUCGUGGAUAUCACCUCCAAGUGCUAGUUACACCUGAAGUGACUCUGUUUGAAAGCAGGAAUAGAACUGCAGUAUGCAAGGCAGUUGCAGGGAAGCCAGCUGCUCAGAUCUCCUGGAUCCCAGAGGGGGAUUGUGCCACUAAGCAAGAAUACUGGGGCAAUGGCACAGUGACUGUUAAGAGUAUGUGCCACUGGGAGGGCCACAAUGUGUCUACCGUGACCUGCCAUGUCUCCCAUUUGACUGGCAAUAAGAGUCUGUACAUAAAGUUGAAUUCAGGUCUCAGAAGCUCAGGAUCUCCAGCAUUGGACUUACUGAUCAUUCUUUAUGUGAAACUCUCUCUUUUUGUGGUCAUUCUGGUCAUCACAGGAUUUGUUUUCUUCCAGAGGAUAAAUCAUGUCAGACUGCAACAGUGGUAACGUGAGUGAUGGUCCAGCAGUCAACUUGGGCCAUGGAUGAUGUUGAGGAUAGAAGCCACUCAGUAGGAUAGAAGAAAAGAAAGAUGGAAGAAGGAUCCUGGGCUUGAUGACCAUGAAGUUUCCCUAUAAACUCGCAACCACCUAUUCAUUGACUUCUUUUGUGUGAGAGUGAAUAAAAUUUUGUUCAUGCCAGUGUUACUUUAGGUUUUACUCCACAUGUAGCUAAACUUAAUCCUAACUGAUACAAAUACCUAGUUUGUUAAUCUGAAGGCUUGUGUCAAUCUUGCUACAAAUUAUUUUCUACUCAUAUCCAUUUUCAUGUCCAAUUUCUGUUCUUCCCCUAGUGACAAUGAAACAGAUAUUCCUACUCAUGUCUAAUUGUUAUGGUCUAUUUUCAUUCUGCCCAUAGAGGUAAUGAAAAGAGGUAACUUCAGAAGAUAGGAAUCAUAGGUAUGAGUAUUAUCUCUAUGACAGUUCAAGAGAAAUUGUUGGUUAUAUAAAUGCAAGGGAUGCUCUGGGCUUGUGCUUGAGAACUUGGAAAUACGUAAAAAUGAUCUAAUGGCCAAUCCCUAGAUGUGUGAGAACAUGUCAACAUUAUGGGAUUCAGAAGGAAGAUAAAGAAACUGUUACGGGCUUUUAGAGAGAAUGUGAGUAGGAGAAACAGGAGAACUGAAAUCUAUGAAAUUUUCUUUGUAUUAAAUUUGUAUUAAUUCUUUUUUCCACUGGAUGGACUUUACUGUUUCUAGAAGAGAUUUAUGGGAAUUCAUGUUAUUUCUUUAUCCCAUUGUCACUGCCAUGAUUAGAUUGAAAGAGUAAAAAGCUACAGCUACUACCCCCAUCCUCCCACUCCUAUAUAAAGAUUAAAAAAACUCCACAUUUUUUUUCUGAACACUCAUACGUGUUCAUAUAGAGCUGACCUUUGAACAACAUGGGGUUAACAUGCAUGCUAACCCUCCAUGCAGUGGAAAACUUGCAUAUAACUUUUGACUUUCCCAAAACGACGUAACUACUAAUAGCCUACUGUUGACCAGAAGCCUUACUGAUAACAUAAACAGUGAUUAACACAUAUUUUGUAUGUUAUAUAUAUAAUAAAGA